GGACUUCACAACAUUCCAUUUCAGCGCGCUCGAUCGUUGGAAAAUUUUUCGAAACAAUUUCAUUUCUCUUGAAAGAAUUAACUAUUUAUUGACAAAAACUUAUAAUAUACCGAUAUCAAGAUGCAAUUAAAGCAUCUGAAAACAUUACAAGUCCCUCAAGAGGGAGCAGCAAAGAUAUCUGCUGUGGCCUGGUCGCCUAAUAAUGCUAAAUUCGCCGUUUGUACAUCUGAUAGAGUUGUCAUCUUAUUUGAUGAAAAUGGAGAAAAGAGAGAUAAAUUUGCUACAAAGCCGGUUGACGCGAAAUAUGGUAAAAAGAGCUAUACAGUCAAAGGUCUGGCGUUUUCGCCAGAUUCAACAAAGAUAGCCGUUGCCCAAACUGACAACAUCAUUUUUGUUUAUAAAAUCGGUGAAGACUGGGGAGAGAAGAAGGUAAUCUGUAAUAAAUUCAUUCAACAAUGCGCUGUCACUUGCCUAGUUUGGCCAGUUGAUUCACAAAAUAUUGUGUUUGGCUGCUCUGAUGGUAAGGUUAGAAUGGGUAAUACAAAGACAAACAAGUCGAAUACUCUCUAUAAUACUGAUUCUUACGUUGUAUCUUUAACUACUAACAUUAGUGGUAAAGGGAUACUAUCAGGCCAUGCGGAUGGAUCAAUAGUAAGAUUCUUUACAGAAAAUGAUGAUUCAGGAGAACCCCAAGGAAAAGUUUGUAAACACGCUUGCCCUCCUUACGCUUUAGCCUGGUCCACUAACUCUAUUAUAGCGGCCGGGUGUGACAAAAGAAUAGUUGCGUAUGAAAAAGGAGGAAGAGUUCUGCAGCAAUUCGAUUAUUCUAAAGACGAUGACGAACAUGAAUUUACUUGUGCAGUUUGUUCACCCAGCGGUCAAUCUGUGGUUGUUGGUAGUUUUGACAGGCUAAGAGUAUUGAAUUGGUCUCCAAGGCGCUCAAUGUGGGAUGAAGCCAAGGCGAAAGAAAUUCCAAAUCUCUACACUAUAACCGCAUUAGCAUGGAAAAAAGAUGGUUCAAAAGUUAACGCAGGAACACUUUGCGGUGGAGUUGAACUUUUUGAUUGUUGCUUGAGAAGAGCAAUCUAUAAAAAUAAGUUUGAAAUCACUUAUGUUGGAGUAUCACAAGUAAUAGUCAAAAACAUAUCUUCCACUGCAAGAGUCGUUCUAAAAUCCUUCUAUGGUUAUGAGAUAGACGAAGUUAAAAUUCUUGGAAAUGAUAGAUAUUUGGUUGCCCAUACAACUGAAACAUUAAUGCUUGGAGAUAUGUCAACUGCAAAAUUAUCUGAAGUUCCGUGGCAUUCCGGUAGUGCCAACGAAAAAUUCUAUUUUGAAAAUGACAAUGUGUGUCUUGUUUUCAAUGCUGGCGAGCUCUCUCUGAUAGAAUAUGGAUCAAAUGAAAUACUAGGUUGUGUUAGAACUGAAUUUAUGAAUCCUCAUUUGAUAUCUGUACGGAUAAAUGAAAGAAAACAAAGAGGAGUUGACGAUAAUAAGAAGAUGGCUUAUUUAAUAGAUUUGAAAACAGUUGCAAUAAUGGACCUUUGCUCAGCAGUGAACAUAGCUGAAGUUCCUCAUGACUCCAAAAUUGAUUGGCUUGAGCUAAAUGAAACAGGAAGAAUCUUAUUAUUUAGGGAUAAACGUUUAAAAUUACAUAUGUUUGACAUUGAUAAUGGUACAACCACCACAAUACUCGAUUACUGUGUUUAUGUUCAAUGGGUAGCAGGAAGUGAUGUAAUCGUCGCUCAGGGAAGAAAUACGUUAUGCGUUUGGUAUAAUGUAGAUGCUCCAGAGAGAGUUACAAACUGGCCCAUCAAAGGAGAUGUCACAGAUAUUGAAAGAACAGACGGGAAGACUGAAGUUCUAGUUCAUGAAGGAGUAACAUCUGUGGCAUACGCUCUGGACGAAGGAUUAAUAGAAUUCGGUACGGCUAUUGAUGAUGGAGACUAUGCAAGAGCAGUAGCCUUUUUGGAAACUCUUGAAAUGUCACCAGAAACUGAAGCAAUGUGGAAAACUCUAAGUAAAUUAGCGCUAGAGCAUGAAGCUCUCCACAUUGCUGAGCGUUGCUACGCUGCUUUGGGUGAUGUUUCAAAAGCUCGUUAUUUGAAAACUACUAGACAAUAUGCUAACAAAGCUGCCGAAACACUUGGUGGUACAGGAACAGAUCACUACAAAGUAAAGGCCAGACUAGCAGUAUUAGAAAAGAACUUAGCAGCAGCUCAAGCCGCCUAUCUAGAACAGAAUCAAGUAGAUGAAGCUUUGGAAAUGUACCAAGAACUUCACAAAUGGGAGGAUGCCCUAGCCAUUGCAAGGGCUAAAAAUCAUCCUGAAUUAGAAAGUUUGAAGAAAAACUAUUAUCAGUGGUUACUGGAUACGUCUCAAGAAGGUCGCGCAGGCCAGUUAAAAGAAAAGGAAAAUGACCCUGGUGCGGCUGUAAAUCUAUAUCUGAAAGCAGGAAUGCCCGCCCGAGCUGCAAGAGUUGUGGUAUCAAAUGACGAUUUACUGGGUUCGUCCGAACUGGUGUCAAGAGUUGCAGGUGCCUUAACAAGAGCAGAAUGUUACGAAAGAGCUGGAGAUUUGUUUGAAAGGACAAGAGAAUAUAAACAAGCUAUGGAAUGCUAUAAAAAAGGAGAAUCUUGGAACAGGGCUGUUGAAUUAGCACGUCAUGCCUUUCCUGAUAGUGUCGUUUCUCUAGAGAAAUCUUGGGGAGAUCAUUUGUGUCAACUGAAACAACUUGAUGCUGCUAUUAACCACUAUAUAGAAGCUGGAGAAAUUUUAAAGGCAGCCGAAGCAGCUAUUGCGUCUCGUCAGUGGAAGAAAGCUGUCCAAAUAUUAGAACUACAAGAUGAAAGCGUCGCUCAGCCAUUCUAUAAACAAAUUGCAGAACAUUACGCUAAGAUUGGAGAGCAUGAGCAUGCUGAAGAGUACUUUGUGAAAGCAGCAGCCACAGAAGAUGCGAUUUCCAUGUACAACGCUGCCGGUAAGUGGGAGGCGGCUCAUCGUUUGGCAUCUACGUUUAUGAAACCAGAAGAAGUUAGCACACUCUAUAUCAAUCAAGCUAAGGUAUUGGAGAGUCAGGAUAAAUACAGAGAUGCAGAACGUCUAUAUAUAACCGUUGAUGAGCCUGAUUUGGCUAUCACAAUGUACAAAAAAUUGAGAAUGUUUAACGACAUGAUACGCUUAGUCAAAGCUCAUAGACCUGAAUUACUUCCAAUGACUCACACCCAUCUUGGUAAGCAAUUCGAGGAAGAAGGGCAACUACGUCAAGCCGAACAACACUAUGUGGCCGCUGGAGAGUGGAAGUCGGCAAUAAAUAUGUAUAGAGUAAAAGAAUCUUGGGACGAAGCUCAUAGAGUUGCACGAUCUCACGGUGGGCCAACUGCUGCUAAACAAGUAGCUUACUUGUGGGCGAAAUCAGUUGGUGGAGAUGCAGCUGUAAAACUUUUAACAAGAUUCGGCUUGCUAGAGGCUGCGAUAGAUUACGCAACUGAAAACUGCGCUUUUGAUUUUGCUUUCGAGUUAGCAAAGUCUGCAAUGAAGCAGAAGUUGCCCGAAAUCUACUUGAAGCACGCCAUGUUUUUAGAGGACGAGGGUAAAUUUGCUGAAGCUGAAAAGGCGUUUAUAACUGCUUCGAAAGCUAAAGAAGCUGUUCUUAUGUAUGUACACAAUCAAGAUUGGGAUUCUGCUCAAAGAGUUGCUGAAGAACACGAUCCAGAUUCCGUUUCUGAUGUCUUCGUUGGUCAGGCUAGACACAGCUUUGACCAAAAAGACUAUCAGAAGGCAGAAGGUUUCUUAUUAAGAGCACAAAGACCUGAAUUAGCCAUUCGAUAUUAUAAAGACGUCGGAAUGUGGCAAGAUGCACUUAGGGUAUGCAAAGAAUACAUACCGCAUAAAUUGCAAGCUUUGCAGGACGAAUACGACAGAACAGUUAUGGAGCAAUCAACGAAAGGUAUGGAAACUUUAAGCAAACAAGCUAAACAAUGGGAAUCUAGUGGAGAGUAUGAAAGAGCAGUUGAAUGUUAUUUGAAGUUUGAUCAGAGCAUCACACCAGAUUUAAACAUUCUUGAAAAAGCCUGGACUAGAGCUGCAACUUUGGCCUUAAAAUUUCUAAAAGCUGCAAAAUCCUCUGAGGUGGUUAACAUUGUUGGACCUCGCUUAGCUAAAAUUGAUAAACAUUUAGCGGCAGCAGAAUUAUACGUUGCUGCAGAUAAAGGCAAAGAUGCGGUUGAGGUACUAAUGGAAGGAGAACACUGGAAUAAGGCAAAACAUAUCGCAAAAGAGCACGAGCCAAAAAUGGAAGAGUUGGUUGAUCAAAGAUAUAAGCAAUUCUUAAAAUCAUCUGGUAAAGCGGAUGCUUUGGCUGGAGUCGACGUUGUGGCAGCUCUUGAUAUGUAUGUUGAAAAAGGUGAAUGGGAUAGAUGCAUUGCUACAGCUGCUCAGAAUGGAAACAAUAAACUUCUGCAUAAAUACGUUGCCCAAUACGCUGCUAAACUUCUUAAAGGUGGACAAGCUGCCAAAGCUCUGAAUCUUUAUGUUGAGCAUGGUGCCCCGCCUGCUCAACAAAAUUUUAAUAUUUACAAAAAGAUCGCCCUUGAUUUAUUCCAAGCCAGAGAUAUGAAUACGGCUGACGCCUAUCAAAUUUGGGCCGACUUACGUAAUGUUCUAAAAGAUAUUGUUGAAGCUCUAGAAAAUAUGGGCGGUGAAGAUUCAGCUAAUCUUAGUUCUCUCUUAAAGAUUGCCCACUAUUACGCAACUCGUUCAGCAGCAUUAGGUCAUAAAUCUUUGGAUACUUUAGCCGCUAAACUCUCAAUCUCCCUUCUAAGACACACGGAUCUCGUUCCCGCUGAUAAAGCAUUCUGGGAGGCCGGUCAAGCAUGUAGACAAAUUGGUUGGGAAGCGAUGGGUUUUGUAUUCCUUAAUCGUUAUCUGGACUUGGUGGAAGCAAUAGAAGAUGGUUCCCUCGAUACUCUGGAUCAUAGUGAUUUCCAAAAUACAGAUAUACCUUAUGAAAUCCCUCUGCCCGAAAGAUUAUUUGUCGGCGAAUCUGAACACGAAGAGAUAAAAGAAUGGGUUCUAGCAAUUUCUCUAGAUCAACGAGUCACUCACGAAUUACCUUGCGACGAAAGAGAUACAUAUGAAGGGUCUCUUAUUUCAGUCAAUGGUAAGAAAUAUCCACCGUGCCUCAUUUCAGGUUAUCCCGUCUAUAAAAAUCCUAUGGAAUUUAAACGCGAAGGGUUUUAUGCCAACAAAGAUGAAUGGAAUAAAUUCUUAAUGGCAACGAAAGUAUCACACUCAGCAUCUUGUCAAGACGUUCUGAAAUUUAUUGGAAGUUGGGCUGGAGCAACUUCAACACCAUCAUUUAAUUUCCAGCAAUAA